GACAUAUUUCAUUUAUGUUUUCACCUUAAAGUGUUAGAAAAUAGGUCCUUUAAGGACUGGAAAUUAAUAGUACUAAAAAUGACACGUUUCCUUAGCUGUCAAAUAAAAAGUUAAAUUAGAAAAGUGAAAAGCUUGCUGAGAUUUAUGAAAAUUUAUCGACAACUGAGUGACCAAAAUGCUACCCGCUGUUCAGCAAAAAUUGAGUGAUUUAUUUCUUUAUCUUGAGGUGAAGCAGCGUGUGGUGCUCUGCUGCUUUACCCUUCUGGCCAUCAUCAAUGCCUAUACGAUGCGACUGUGCCUGGACUUUUCCCUUAACCGCAUGGUCCUGGAAUGCGGGGGUGUCCGGGUGGAACAGGGAGCCCCAAUUAUUGCGCCCAAGAGCCUGCCUAACUGGCGAAUGGAACUGGCGACUUUAACCAAGCAAACGGAUUUUAAUGCAAAGAAUCGUCUUAAAGCUGGGCAGGAACCAAGGAAACGGGUCCGCAGGAGGACGAGGGGAGGCCAGGAUAAAAUAUUGAGCAAGCCCGCAUCAGAAAUCUCCCUGGAAAAGGUUAGCUGCGCGGAAAUGUGGUCCCGGCAAACUCAAUCCCUGGUUGUGGUGGCUUUCUACGUCGGUUAUAUAAUCACCCAUGUCCCGGGCGGACGUCUGGCGGAACAAUAUGGAGGAAAGUGGGUCCUAGGAGUGGCCAUUCUCACUUCCGCGGUACUGACUCUUCUUACACCUGCUGCAGUGCGUCGGGGUGGCCCCUAUGUCCUGCUAUGUGUCCGUCUUUGUGUAGGACUCUGUGAGGGUCCCUGUUUUCCGGCGGUGUGUGCUCUUCUGGCUCAGUGGGUUCCCGAACAGGAGCGCGGAUUGCUGGCCACUUGCGUCCUUAGCGGUGGCGAGAUUGGAAUAAUUAUGGUUCAGUUGGUCAGUGGACUAGUUCUGGCAGAGCAGGAUUGGCCGGUGGCCUUUUAUCUAGUUGGAACCGGGGCUGUUCUUUGGUUCCUGGGUUUCGCUCUUGUCUGCUAUAGUAAACCAGACGCAUGUCCUUUUAUCCAAGACGAAGAACGAGAAUACAUCAAAUCCCAUACAAGUGCCGACCUGCUAGUGACAGCCAAUAGAGAAGAACCAUGCGAAGAAGACAGACCCUUGGAGUCCCCAAGGAAUGGCGGCAGUGAUCCUGCAGCGCCAUGGCGCAGCAUACUGACGAGUGGACCGUUAUGGGCGCUGGUCUCCGCCUCCUUGCAGCAUGACUGGAAUAAUCAGAAGUUGCCUCAGGAGCUGCAGCAGGCCCUGGAUGAAGUAAAGCGCCAUGGCAGUGACAUGUGGAGCGAUCUUUCCGCCACAAUUACCGUUGCAGCCCCGCAUAUCGGUACCUGGAUAGCUUCUCUAAGCAGCGGUCGCCUCAGCGACUUCCUUAUCUCCCAGGGCAUCCUAAGCCGCACCCAGACUCGACGUCUUAUGUCCUGGCUGGUCUUUGUCUGCGGCUCCAUGAACAUGCUGCAGGAUCAGCUAAAGGGAACACGAAUUUGGAGCGUUCUGGCCAUGGCCGCUUACUACGCGGGAAUAAAGCUUCUGCCGCUGGACAUGAGUCCAAAUUUCGCCGGCACUGUUACGGGAAUAUCUGGAGGACUAGCCGCACUUCCGGACCUGCUAAUGCCAUAUUUUCAAGAACUAGAAGCGAACAACCCAUUGGUGGGCAGCGUAAGAGCUGCCCUGUGGAUUAUUGGAGCCAGCUACAUCUCCGGCGAUGUGCAGGACUUUAAUCAACCCGAACCAGAACAGCAAUAA